AUGGCUGUGUUGGGAAGUGCACGAAAAUCACGGAUUCUAUCCGAAAUUGUAGUGAAUAGCGGUCCUCUUCGUAACACACAGAUGAGGUUAGACGAGUUACGAUCACCAAUGCCACCACGAAGAUCGGAGAGUCCGAUCGAUAAUGAGGAAAAUGACAUACUUACUUUAACUGCUGAUGAAGCAGUAUUUCUUCAAGCAUCCUGGCACAGGGCAGUAGCCACGAUUGACGUUGGAGCUGAGGUGAUCAUACGUUUGUUGAAUGAUAAACGUUCAUUGUUCAAAUCCUUACUGGAAAGUCAUGCUGGACAUAUCGAUCAUUGCGAAAAAUUAACAGUUGAGAUAGUAAAUCGGGAUUUGAAACGAGCUAAAGAGGUUGGAGAAGGAGUUGUUCGGUUUUUUACAAAGGCAUUGGAAUGUUUAGCCGAAACUGAUGCUUCCGAUAAAAUUCGACAAAUGAGUUUUGACCUCGGUGCUUUACACUACAGAAUGCGUGUAUGGUUUCAAGCAGAGAAUUGGUUAUGUGUGAAGAACAGUCUCUUGGCCGUUAUCCUUGAUAUUAAUCCUAUAAGAGUGAACGGAUUAUGGUUUGGUCUCCAAUCAUUAUGUUCUGGACAAAUAGAUGUAUCACUACUAGAUCCAAUGGCACAACGAAGAACUUGGACAAAAGUUCUUCAAUUUGUUAUCCGAAAUAUGAAGCGAGGUUUUCUAUCGGAAGCCCUGAGAACAGACAGGAACUCGGAUGCGGGCAGCUCUUCUCCAAGUGGAAGCUUGUAA